AUGGCUUCAAGUUCUUCGGACGAAGAAGUUGAAGUGGAAUUACUCGACUCCAUCUCCCAAAUUGAUCGCGCACUAGAGCAGAAGCACGUUUUACUGCAUGUCGUGAAUGAAUGUCGUUCAUUCAUUGGACAAAACAGCAGUCACGUGAUGAAGAAGUCGACGAGUUUACUCACGCAAGAGGAUUUCCAACGGAAGAAUGAGGAGCUACAGACUCAAAUCAUACAUCUUACAAGCAUAAUAGUCGCCAAAGAUAUUGAAAUAGACACGAUUACGUGA